AUGGCAAAACGCGUACGUCACAUGGUGCACGCCACAGUUGGAGCAGUUGAGAAUGACAGAACACCAAUGGCAGCCCAAAAAAAGAACCAUGGCUACUUUUUAAAAUCUGUUUUUACUAACUGUGGUGAAAUUAUAAUGUAUCCUAAGGUGAAUAAUUCUGAAAAUGCAACUAAACAAACAAAAGAAGCAUUUGCUAGUAAAGGAGCAUUUACCUUUAUAAACAUCAAUGUUAUUCACCGUGAGAAAGAAAACUCUGUGACAUAUAUGAUUUCCAUAAAGAGAAAUGCACUAAAGUAUGUAAUUAACCUUGUUAUUCCAACCUUCUUCAUGAUGUUCAUGGAUAUUUUCGGUAUGUCCAUCCAGUCAUACGAAACCAGAUUUAAUUUCAAGAUUAUCAUAGUUUUAGGAUUCUCCGUGCUGCUGCUGAUUCUGAAUGAUAUGCUCCCAAAUUCUGACAGUCCACCAAUUUUAGGUAUAUUCUGCUGUGCCUGUAUGGCUCUGAUGAUUUUCAGUAUAGCUGGGUGUGUUUUGGCUUCCUACGUGAUGGAAUUAUCUUCUAAACAAUAUAAGAUACCAAAAUGGAUAAAGACUUACUUGCUAAAUAAUCUGGCAUAUGUGCUGCGUGUCAAAGUAAAAGAUGUUACAGAUUUGGAAAUGGCCAUUUCAAAGAAUAAAUAUUUUUACAGGAUCCAUUUACAACCUGAUGUCAUUAAGAAGAAAUCUCAUCCUAAAAUAAAAGUGAACCUGCAGGUGAAGCUUCUAAAGAAGAUUCUAGCAGAGAUUGUUAAGUUUCAUGAAGAGUGGAAGAAGUCCAUUAACAAGGAGGUUACAGAGUCAGAGUGGUAUACAGUGGCAGUAGUGAUAGAUCGCCUGGUCCUUAUCAUUUAUCUACUUUUUGUACUCAUUGUGUUUAUCAUUCUGAUUGUUUCUUGGGCGAAAUAAUAUUAGGGUAAAGUCUUCUGGGUGCAAAUCUGUAUUUUUUUUUUAUUAAAUCUUAUUAUAACAAUUAAGCUCCUUGCACAGGUGCAGAUAUGGGGAAGGGGAAGAGAGCUCCAGCAUAGGUGCCAAGCAUCAGAUAAUAUUACAUACAGUGCCGGAGGAUGAGGGGAUCACCUGCAUUAAAUGUUGAAAGUCGUGGGGUAAAGGUUGUAUCUGUGAAGGACAUGAACUGUAUCUGCCUGCCUGCUCCUUCACAAUGGAUUACAUCAGAUGGACACCACUUCACACUGCAAUACAUCAGGCAGCUGUUCCUUCACACUGCAAUACAUCAGGCAGCUGUUCCUUCACACUGCAAUACAUCAGACGGCAGCUCCUUCACACUGCAAAACAUCAGACGGACACUCCUUCACACUGCAAUACAUCAGACGGCAGCUCCUUCACACUGCAAAACAUCAGACGGACACUCCUUCACAUUGCAAUACAUUAGGAUGAAACUCCUCCACACUACAAUACUUCAGGUGGACACUCCUUCACACUGCAAUAUAUCAGGUGCCUGCUCCUUCACAUUGCAAUAUCUCAGGCGCCUGCUCUUUCACACUGCAGUAAGUCAGGGGGCCGGCCCUUCAAAUUGCAAUAAAUCAGACAGCUGUACCUUCACACUUCAAUACAUCAGUGGGCCAGUUCCUUCACACCGAUUUUAAUCAGGCGGCCACUCAUUAACAGGGCAAUACCCCAUUCAGCUGCUCCUUCACACUGUGGAAAAUAUCCAUAUAGUUAAAUAAUGCUGAAAUGCAAACAGUAUAAUCCAACUGAUAUAUUGGAUAAGCUUGCUGUGUCGUAGUAGGAGGGUUAAUGGGCA